AAUAUCGAUUCGGUGCGCGCGCACGGCCGUCACGCCAUCUAGCUCCAUACAGUUUUGGUGGCGCUCAGUUGGGGCUACUGUGUAGGAAAAAAAAUCUAAGGGAUCGGCAUCUCGCAAUGCGCACCGUGUUUCGAGUGUGAAUGAAAAGUUUGACGGACCUUUUAGGCAAAACCGUCAUAUAAAAAUAAUUGUGCUAACGUGUGUUGCACCGGGGUGACUCCACUCCAACGAAAUCCCAUCGGCCUCGGCAGCUGAUUGCUACGGUGAAGUAUCGCGGCGCGCCAAGUGCAAAGUUCUUUUUUUCUACCCCCAAAAAAGGUCCAGUGUUUGGCUACGUUUUACUGUCCCUUAAUUAGAAUCGCAUUCGCAAUAGUCCCCAACAUCAACCCACGACCAGUGAGUUCAAGAGGUGAAUUUUUUUGGGAAGGCAAAGUGCUGUGAAAGAGUGUGUGUGGUGAUGUGUCCAUUCAAGAUGGCUGCGCGGUCUAUACUUGUCAGCAGUACCAUCGUUCAUCUUGGUGCCCAAAAGCCAGUCGGAAGCUCGGGUAGUGGGAGCGACGGCCGCACGUCGCCCAACCAUUAAGCGCCACCACGCUACAGGGAGAACCCGGACGCGGCGAGCAAGACGGUGAAGGAUGGGGCCAUGAGCCCGAGCCCCGAAGUCAUCAGGAGUCGCAAGUGCGUCUCAAGCGGGCCUGCACCAUGCUAGCGCCGCCGAACCCGAGGUCAAUAUGCGGCCAGGACCCGGGCUGGUCGUGAUGGCGCUUGCGUUUAUUUCGGGGGCUCGGCGAGGCACCACACAGCAGCUAGACAGUCCCAGUCUUGCGGGCAAGUUGGGCAAAGGUGGAGACGACAGCACAGGGGCCCUCACACAGAUCAACCCCUGGCUGUCAGCCUGCGACCUGGCGCAACCCAACUCGGCACCGGAUCUUCAGGGUCAAUGCUCAGCCGGUACACUGCCUGUGGCCUGGGUGGAUGAAGGUCCUGGACCACCGCGGUGUCCACCACCUUGUGCAACAGUCACCACAAUGGAUAAAAUGAGUAAUGAAUAUAAUAAAGUGAACAUGGAGAGUCGAUUCGAUAAACAACAACAGUGCCUUGACUAUAUUGGCGAUAAUGAGGAGUCUAGUCCUGCACAAAUCUGUAAAAAAUCAUCACGUGACAUUGAGACCAAAUUACGUGCGUUGCGAUUGAGACAUUGCUGCGAACGUAGUGCAAUUAGUGCUUUGCAUAGUCAAGCAUUGGAAGAUGUAUUAAAUGGUGGUACGAAGUGCAAUAGACUUCUAAACGAUUUAUUGGAAACUGACGCACUUGCGACACGAAUCACAUGCGAGUUUACCGAAAUACUGGUCAGAUACGAUUGUCGACAGCCGUAUUCUAUCAUAAACCACUGUGAGGACUGCAAAGAGGCAUAUCGAAGAUGGGUCUGCAGUACAUUGAUACCUUAUUUCGCCGAAAUGAAGGACGUGAAGAAUAAUGAGACAACACAAGGAGGCAAAUUUUCUGUUGAAGCCAAAUCAAGGGUAGACAGAAGCAUCCAGACAAAUCACAACAGAUUUGGUGAAACCGAUGAAAAUUCAUUGACAGAGGUUCUCAAACGAUCAAGACGGAAAUCGAAGACAAGGACACCGAGGAGGCGAAUACGGCCAUGUCUGAGUGUUUGUCAGACGGUGGAGCAGAAAUGUCCAUAUAUGCUACCAGGUGAUCGUGCACCGGCUCAUCCGACCCAGUAUGCAGGGGAGCCAACAUUUCUCUGCUUAGAUCCAAAUAUUCCAGAAACUGGUGAGCAGUUCUACAAGUCCAACAAUGGUCCGGAAAAUUGCUGCUACAAGUACUGCGGUUCGCCUGGUGAAGGUCUCUGUUCACAAUGUGAUUUACCAACAACCAUCCAGCAUAAGAAUAAUGAUACAUCUAAUUUUAAUAAUAAUCUUAACACUACUAAUAGUAAUCCUAACAUAUAUACGAAAAACAAUAAUCAAAAGACGCGAAUUGCGGAUGAAAGAAGUGACAUGGCCGUCGAUACAUCGGAUACCUAUAAUUAUGAUGAGAUACCACAGCAAUUGCCCGUCUGCCAGAGUUCCACGAGUGUGGCCACGAUACCAAAGAGCUGGUGUCCGCUACCCUACUAUAAGUCGCCAAACCCCCGUAUGGCCAAAGCCACAACCGAUACACGGACCCUCGGAUCGGCGGAGGGUACUGUCGCACCGGACGACAGUAAUCCAGACCGGACUGCGUCGUCAACCGCCGUCCGGGGGUCACAUUCUGUCAUCCGGCUAAUUGUGGCUGCGCUGCUCCUGACAUCCACCUACAACAUUCACCUGCCCUGGACGAUAGGCAUCGUCCUUGGCAGUGUCACCAUCAUGGUCAACGCUCCCGUUACAACGUGGAUCCAGCACAUCAUACCCCAACUUGCCGGGUUAUAGUCAAACGCGACUUGACGAGAACCACCCCGAAUAAAUGUUUUGAAAACGACACAGUUAAAAAAAAAGAACAACAACACUGUUGUGGUGAAUACAAAAGUUAAUAUAAAUGAAAAAAGACAAUUUUAAAAUAAAGUUACGAAGAUGGAGUUUAACACAAGAAACUUAUUAACAAAAUGAACAAUAUAUUUUAAAGAAAAAAAAGUAUAUGAAUGAAAAUAUAACCGUGUGACGUGCUUUCAAUGAACGAACUAACCGAGAGACACUGAUUAGUUGAAAAAAAAAAUACAAAUCAUUUAAUAAUGAAAUAAAUCUAUAAAAAUAAAUAUUUUAACAAAGAAAAAAA